AUGAAAUUACGGAAUAACAUCGAUUCACCAACUAGAAUAGCAUACUGUUCUGUAAAACGUCUUGAAAAAGCAGUAAUGUAUUCAGGAGACAGUCCAAUUCUGGAACAAUCAUCAAAAAUAAAACUGAGCGGUCGAUGUCGUGCCUUAAUUUUAAGUCCAUUACGUUUGAUGCAAGUAUUUGUGGAAAGAAAACAACUUUAUCAGAAAAAUAAAAGAGCGCUAACUGUUACAAAUCGAACAACUUCAGCUGACGACAAAAACAAUUAUCGAAUUGGUAAAGGUGGCUUUGGUACUGUAUUUCGACAUGUGUACAAUAAUCGUGAUGUAGCAAUUAAACAAUUAUAUCGUUGUCGACAUUCGUCAAAUGCUGAUUUUUAUUCGUUUUGUUCGGAAUUAAAUGCUUUCCGAUUACCGCCAUCACCGCAUGUCGUUCAAACGAUUGCAUUCACAUCAUUCG